AUGGCCGAUAAUUUGGCGACAAUCGCCUUCAAGGGGCUAGUGCUAUUGUUUAUCACCUCCGUGGUGAUCUUCAUAUGCUUUUUCGGCGUUAUGCGCGUCGAGCAGCAUAGGGCGAACAUCGAGCUGCAGCGUCGAGGUGCCUCACGGUACACGCCCGACGGUGAGCUGAACCUCUGGUAUUUUUUCGUGCGUGUUCUAGUUGUGAAAAAGCAAAAUAACUUUCCGGAAAUGGUCCAGCAUUGUGACUGUGUUUGGUCGAUACUCAGCAUAUCGAUCAUACUUAUCAUACAGAUUUCGGACGUAAUUUGCGUAAAGGAAAAGCGAAUUCCGGUAAAAAUAUCUGAUCCGGUAGUAUUCACCGACGAGCCAAAACCGUUCACCAUACGGGUAACAAAGUUCAUCUGUGUAGAAACACCGUACGAGGAGAGUGAACUGCUCCAGUGUAGAACCAUCCUUCGACGCAAACAACCUACGUUUUUCAACAUAUCCGUCCACGUUCCACGUGUUUUGAAUAAGAUAUUCUUUCAAGUGCGAACGUACUACCGCUACAACUCGUACGAGCCCUUUCCAAUUACGGUGCACCUGGAAAUCUGCUCUUAUUUCCGAAAACCGACCAGGGACAUCUUUUCGCACCAUCUAAUGUCGAUCAUGAUGGUAGCUGUACCGCACCUUUUGUACCAGUGUCCACAUGGGAACACUACCUACAACGCCGUCUACUGGCUGGAGGACAAAUUCUUUCCCCAAUCGAUGCCAGCCGGAGAUUUCCGUCAGGAUGUCUGGUUCCGGUCUGAGCAAAAUCGGACGUUAUUUGCUUAUCAAGCAUACUUUUCUGUGCGCCGGAUGGGGAUUUGGCGAUCGAUGCUUGAAUGGUAG